UGUUCUAUUUUUAACUGUUUACAUAUAAACACGUUAAAACCGAAACUGAAAUAUAUAGAUCUACGUCUAUUAACAAUUUUGUGAGAAUAUGGGGUUUUCAAAAUUUCAAAGGUCUUAGGAGGGAUAUAUAUUAUCGGCUCAACAUGGCCAAAUUCAUCAAUAUUUUCAUUUGUGCAGCUGUGGAAUUAUUUUUGUCGGGUCAGCAAAGCCAUAAGAAUACAAUGAAUACAGUGAACAAAUCUGGUUUGGAAAGAAGCCUCAGCUGGCCUGAAGCUGAAAAAGAAAAACAAAGGGCAUUUCGUCAGUUGUUUGAAAAUCAUGGAUCCGAUAUCUCAAAGAUGGGAAUCGUGCCAGAAAAAAUCAACCUGAUCAUGAUGAUGGAAUAUCUGCAAAGCAUAGUCAAACAACUUGCACAGAUAUCAAAUGAUGUGAAGGAGGUUCGAAAAAUUUGUUCACAAAGUAAAAGUUAUAAAACAUCUUGUACAGGACGAAAACAUACCACAUUGAAAAGAGGAAAGAAAAAUGUAAGCAGAAGAACUAGUACAAAUGGAGUAUCAUGUCACCAUAGUAAACCUCGAAAAACCCAGGCUAUGGAGAAAAAAUUCAUCAAAUUUUCACUAGAAAUGAGUGCAAAUAUUGUUUUAUAUUUCGUACAAAUAAUGACAGUUUUGAGCCAAGCUAAGUUAUCUAAAGGUCCAAACAAAGUGGAAAUCAAGAGGAGAAAAUCAACAACAGAUUUUUGUGGCUUAUUAAGAGCUUUUGUGAAAAAUGACAUGUCAGAAAGAACCUUGGAAAAAGGUAGAACAAAGGUUGCAAAAAGUGAAAUGUUACUGGACAGUUUUAUGUACAGGGAUUAUUUUAUUCGUGAAAAUGAGAGAACAAAUGUUGCACUGCAUCCACUCAUAGCAACCUCCAGAAAUCUUGACGAUUUUGUAGCAAAAGAAUUGUCCAGUGGUACUCAGCAAUCAACCAAUCAUCCAUCCGAGGAAGCUUCUAGGUCAAGGUCAAAUGAAUCAUUAUCAUUAUCCAAAGGGCCCCACUCCAUGAAUGUAGAACUGGUUCGUCUGGAGACAUUCAAAAAUUUCCCUCCCUCAAGGUCUGUUUCGGCAAUCAAGCUUGCCAAAGAGGGGUUCUAUUAUAUAGGCCAGGGAGAGGAUGAUCUAGUCAUUUGCUUUGCAUGUAAAUCACAGAAAAGGGGAUGGAGAGAUGGAGACAUACCCAGAGAAAUUCACCAGCAAAUGUCUCCACAAUGUCCCUUACUGAAUGAGCAUAGUGUGAAUGUCCCAGUAGGAGGGAGUCUAAACAGUCAUAGUGGAAACCCCCAACAUUCAAACACAGAACAAGUCAGUGAAACCUCGGAAACUGAAAGAAACAAUCAGCAUUCAAACUCAGAGCAAGUUAAUGAACCUUCACAAAGGACCAUACCACAAAAUCUAUCUGAUCCACAAACUACAGAAAUUGAAAGACAAUCAGAAGAAACUGGAGCAGAAUCAACUGUUGAACAAGGCUCUGGAAAUGUAUCUGGGUCACCAACACUUGACCGUGACCACUUAGUCCCAGCAUCCAAUAGAAACACAGAGAGGAGUGAAACAUUGUCCUCACAGAAUAAUCAAAGUACUGAGAGUCAGUCAAAGCCAAAUCACAAAAAGUCAAGAGCCAUUCAAGAACAGAUCAAUGCAUUUUUAAGAAAUUUAGAUCCCCUAGGAAUCAAUUUUGACCGUGCGAAAUAUCCUGCUUACGCUGUUUUGGCAACAAGGGUCAGCUCAUUUCAAGAUUGGCCCACUAGCUUGACACAAACACCGCAAGUUUUGGCCCUGGCAGGAUUUUUCUAUGCAGGUUACGGGGAUUACACGCGCUGUUUCUUCUGCGGUGGAGGAUUACGUAAUUGGGAGCCAGGAGAUGAUCCUUGGACAGAACAUGCCCGAUGGUUUCCAAAAUGCGCCUUUGUAAGACAAAACAGAGGAGACGAGUUUGUUGCAUUGGUACAAAUUAGGCACCAAGAGCUUGAAGCUCUAGAGGCAAUGGGAGAGGGAGCCACUGCUGCAUCAUCUGUUGAGCAGAGCAGUUCAGUCGAGCAGAACGGAGUAUUAUCUAGUGGAUCAAGACAAUCCGAUAUCACAUCAUUUCUAUCUUUUCAAAGUGUCCUGGAAAUGGGUUACUCUGAAAGUGAAAUUAGAGAAGCAUUUAACCAGUUGAGAGGGACAAAAGAUCCAGAAGACAUCACUGGGAUGGAUCUUAUGGAGGUCAUUUUGAGUAAAGAAGAUAGAAAUAAUGGACUGGACAUCCCCCCUCCAAUUCACAGCUCGCGACCAACCAAUGAAAAUCAAUCUAGAAAUCCAAAUGUUGAUCCCAAUACACCUGACAAAUCUCAGGGAGGUCAAUUUGAGGCAGCAAGUGGGCCCUCCCCACAGGAAACUUCAGAAUCUGAGGCCAAGGAGAAAACACAAAAAAAUCAGGACAAAGAUGCUGCUACAUCAAACACAGAAGAAAAGUUUGACUCUCUGAAUGAUGCACUGGCACCUGCAAUGUCUCUUGAAGAUACUCGUUCACUAAUGGAGGAGAACAGAAAACUGAGGGACCUAAGGAUGUGCAAGAUCUGUAUGGAGAAGGACGCCUCCAUCGCCAUGUUGCCGUGCGGACAUCUUUGUUGUUGUGCAGACUGUGUCCCCGCCAUGAGGAAGUGUCCAAUAUGUCGGCAGUUUGUGAAGGGCACAGUCCGUACUUGGCUUGCGUGAAAGGAAUAGGUCAAGAUGGAUAAUCAACCAUAUCAAUGGAUUGAGCAAUUUACCACCUGAAUCCGGAUGCGACUCAUCAAUUUCAUCUGGAACUUGUGCGAGACGGGAUCCAUGGUAACGGGCAUUACCUUCUGAUGGCUAGCUGUGUGUGAGCUUUCUAGUGAUAGAGACUUAUAUAAGAAAUAGUGCUGGCCUCAUUUAGUCCGGACUGAUUCAGCAGAUGGACAUUUUACUCUAACUAUUGACAAAGAAUUUCAGACAGGAACAUGUAACUAUUCUGUGAUUUGUUAGUGUUCAUUCUUCAUUGGAUGUGUUCAUGCUGCACUGGAAUUUUAGAAAUGUCAAAUGAAUACAACUAAUAAUGUUGACAUGAAAAACUCAUGCCCAAUGAUAACAUAUAUAUGCAUGCAUAUGCUGUUCACAAAAGCCAUUCAAGGUUGUAUCAAUUGUAUUUUAUUUUUGAUGAGUUAAGGAACUGGUGCUUACAGCUCAUUGUUAAGUGUUUUGUUAAAAAAAAAUCUUAGUAAGUCUUUCAGAAUAAUAUCAUAUUUUGUUAUUGUUUUAGGUUCUGUUUUAUUUGUUAGAUUUUGUUAUAUUUAUUAUAUGUUAUUAUCUGUGAUAUAAAUCAUAGGGCAUUUGUGUGAACAGUUAUCAUGUAUGCAACAGUUAUAGCUACAAUGAAAUAUAUUAUGGUUUUCAAAAAUCAGUUAUACUUGUAUAUUUUAUAUAUUUGUUAAACUUGUUAUUUUUAUAUAUUGCAUUAGAUUUUAUUUACUUUUCAUUAGUGUUAUAUUUUUCAAAUAUAAUGUAAUUGUUUUAUUUAUGAGAUAGAGUUUUAUUUUUACAUUAAUUUUACUGCAUGAACAUUGUACAUCCUCACUGUCAUUUUUAUAUUAUAAGGAUUUAUUGACCUGUACUAAAAAUGCAAUAUUUCUAACUCUUAUUGACCCUCAUCUCUAAAUGGCAUACAUACAUAUACUUUUUUUUAUAUUAUCAGGUUUUACAUAGGCUAAUUUUCAUAUGUUCAAUAGAAUGUUUUCCCAUAUCAAAUAAAUUCAUUUUAUUUAUUUGAGUUAUGUA